AUGGAGCAAUCAUGUAACACGAGCUCGUCAUUUCCCGGUGGAAAUGGUACGCGUGGGCACGAUAGUAAUAAUCUUAGUAGGAGUUUAUUGGCAAAUGGUAGUAACCGUAGUCUUGGUGCUGGUGCGGCUGCGGGCAACGAGGACAAGUUUAGCAGCAUUCAGGCCCCCUUUCUUGUCCAGAACAAACUCUCGACCGGCCGCCGGCAAAAGAUGCUAAAGGGCCUCAAGAAGUAG